AUGGUAACCCUAAGUGUGGUACUGUCAGUUUUUGUGGUGUCUCUACUGUUUAUGCAGUUUCUGAAAUUGCAAUGGAUACGAAGACGAUUUCCUCCUGGACCAACUCCAUACCCUAUAUUUGGAAAUCUGCUGCAGAUGAACUUCAAAAUGCAUCAUGAGCUCCUUAAAAAAAUGGCCAAAGAUCAUGGUAACGUCUUCACCUUGUGGAUUUCAAACAUUCCUGUAGUUGUCCUGCAAGGGUUUCAGGCAGUGAAGGAAGGUCUGACUGCUCAUGCUGAAGAUGUUGCUGGAAGGCCAACAAGCCAUUCCUUUCAUUAUUUGACUCAUGGAAAUGGUAUUAUAUUCUCUAAUGGUCGUCUCUGGAAGCAACAGAGGCGUUUUGGACUUGCAACAAUGAGGAAAAUGGGAUUAGGGAAAAAAGACCAGGAGUAUCGACUACAAGAGGAGGCCUGUCACCUGGUGGAAUACCUAAAGAAAACAAACGGAAAACCUCUGGACCCCACUAUGCCUGUUGUUCAUGCUAUCACAAAUGUGAUUUGUUCUGUGAUUUUUGGACAUCGCUUCUCUAAAGAUGAUGAAAAUUUUCACCGCUUGAUUGAAUCUGUUGAAAAUAUAUUAGCAUUUGGGAACAGCAUCACUUUUUACAUGUAUGAAAUGUUUCCCUGGCUUACAAGCCGUUUCCUAGCACCGUUUAAAGAGACUAAGUCCAGCAUAGAUUUUGUGAACGCUUUACUAGCAAAGGAACUUGAAAGCCACAAAGAAAAAGGAAAACCAAAUGAAAACCAAGAUUUUAUUGAUUACUAUUUGGAUGAGAUAGAUAAAACUAAAGGACAUGCUGAUGCUACUUAUGAUGAAGAAAACUUGAUGCAGAGUAGUUUUGACCUCUUUCUAGGAGGUACAGAAACUACAACCACCAUUAUGCGUUGGGCAUUGCUUUUUAUGUUGGUUUAUCCUGAUGUUCAAGAGAAAGUCCAGAAGGAGCUGGAUGCUGUUCUAGGUUGUUCCCAUUUAGUUUGCUACGAGGACAGAAAAAAGCUGCCCUAUACCAACGCUGUAAUUCACGAGAUCCUGCGAUACAGUAAUAUAGUCUUAGUUGCACUUCCUAGACAGAGCAUAAAGGACACAGAGGUGCUGGGAUUUCCUAUUCCAAAGAACACCAUAAUUUUACCAAAUCUUGACUCUGUUCUGUCUGAUCCUGGAAAAUGGGAGACACCUCAUCAGUUCAACCCAGGCCACUUUCUGGAUAAAGAUGGAAACUUUGUAAACAGAGAAGCGUUCCUACCAUUUUCAAUAGGGCACCGUGUCUGUAUGGGGGAGCUCUUGGCAAGGAUGGAGCUCUUCAUUUUCUUUUCCACCCUGUUACAGGCAUUCACGUUCACCCUGCCAGAAGGAGUGAAAGAAGUCAAUACAAAGUUUGUUUUUGGGGGCACAAUGAAGCCACCUCCCUACCAGCUCUGUGCCAUUCCUCGGUAG